CGUACGUUUCUAUUUGCAAUAGUGCAAUUAUGCGCGUGCAUUGUGGUUAUGUGAAAUAGAUUUAGCAAAUUCAAUCUUUUUUUUACCGCCAGUAUGAAUUUCCAAGCUCUUGCGCAUGUUUGUUACUAUGGAGGAACUAUAACAAUUAACAACAGUCACUUUUCAUGUGAAUCCCGAUAUCAGCUUUUUUCAGUUGUACUUAAAUCUGCCUUUAUUGGACUAUACUUUGUGUUGUUUUAUGUUGUGAGUGAAAUGUUUUGCUUCAAUUACAAACCAAGUUUACACAAUAAAUGUAGUUAUUUUGGUGUUUAGUUUUGUAUUUCAUUUUAUUUGGUAGUACUAUUAACAACUAUGGAAACACUAUUACCAUCAGAAAUUGCCCGAUUAGUUCUAGGAUAUCUAGAAGAGACAGAAUGUCAGGAAGCAGCAAAAUUAUUCUUAGAAACAUCAUCGUAUUUGCAGGAAUGUCGAACAGUAGUUUUAAGUGGAAAAAAAUUCAGUACAAAAGUAAAUGGUUUGACUUUAAUAUAUAUAAUAGAAAAAUUUUGGUCAAUGAAUGCUAUUAUCCAAGAUAAAAUAAGUAAAUUAGAAGAGUAUGAGUCGUUAAAAAACUGUAGGGACUUGACAGAACAACUCAAACUCCUAAUUGAUGUAUCUAAAGGGCAAAGAUUUUAUGUAAAUAUUAAUGUUCCAUCCCAAGCAACACAGACAUCAAAUGGGUCGCCUGUCACAGCGACUAACCCAAAAAAACGACGUCAUAGUGAAUUAAAUGAUAGAGAUAAGUGUAAACGUCCUUUAAGGACUACCGUACUGACGAAUGAUGAACAGACUAAAACAAAUACUAACGAAUGGUGCAAUGCAGCUAAACACGACGAACCUAAUCAAACGUCUAAAAAUUCUGAAAAAGAAAGAAUGAACUUUGAAGAGAUUACUUUAAAUUCAAAUCAAUCUUCUGUUCAAUAUUCACCAACUGCCUCUGAGUCGGAACCUGUAGUUUUACCAUUAAAUUCAAAAGAACAAUACAAACCAAUAGCUGAACUACCUAAAAUGUACUCCACUGCCACUGAUACUCGAGAAUUGAUGCAAUACGACACAAGAGAAGUACAAACAGUAUUAGAUGACAUCGAAUCGGAAUGUUCAGCUGAUGUUCCUGUUGAGAAUUUAAGUUUACUAACAAAAGAAUUAAUAAAACGUACUGAAAUACAAGAACGAAUAGCAGAAACUAUUAAUAAAAAUCUUCCAUCGGAUACAUUGAUGAUAAAAGAUGCGAGUAUGACGGAGACAGCACCUGGUGAAUUAAAUACUUCAAUUAUGACUGAAUUAAAUAAUGCGAUAAAAUCAAUUGUCACCGCAACAGAAACUGAUCCAGUUUUUACAGAUUUUCUUCAUGAAGUUAUUGGACCUAAUGUUAAUGAAGAGAUAAGUCCAAAUAGGAAUCAUGAUCAGGAUACUGAAAAAAUUAAUGGAGCUGAUGAUAUGGCAAAUCAUCAUGCGAACGAAUAUCCAACGCCUGAAGCAAAUCAUUCUCCAGAAAAACCAAUUGAAACAUCAUCAAAUAAUAACAAUCAACUACCUCUGGUAGAAUCCACGAUCAACAAAAAUAAUCCGGAUGCCAGAAAUAAAGAAAUACCAUUAGAUAUUUAUAAUGCAGCUGCAAUACAAAGUAUUAUAGAUGCUAAUAGUUUAACAUUAGAGCCAAGGUAUAUAUUGAAUCAAAAUUCUACUACUGCUGAGAUCCAUGUACUAGAAAAACCUAGAAUAAUUUCAGUGGAGACUAUUCCUGCUCCACAAGCUAUGUCUGAGGAUCCACAUCAAAAUAUAUACAAAAGAUUCAUGAAAAAAUCGAAAGGGCGAUUAAAGUCACAGCCUCCUCCUAAUCCAUCGAGUGAACCAGAAAUAACGGUUCCUAAAUUAAUUGUUUGUUCUCAAGAGGAAAUAUCCCAAUAUUUAGAACCACCUGUGAUUCGUAGCUCGAAACAUCAGUUUAUUCCAAUAGCUCCAAAGACAUUACAACCACCGGUCCCAGAAGUGUUUCUUAGAGCAGUGACUGUUCCUCAAAAAGUAUCAAACUCUGAUGAAUCUAAAGAAGCUCAGCCCUCAAUAACAUCCAGUAAUCAAAUUGUAAAUUCUACAACAGAACGUCAGGUUAUUUCUCAACAGCCUCAACUCAUUCCUCUGCAGUCUCAAGUUAUUCUUCAACAGUCUCAAGUUAUUCUUCAACAAUCUCAAGUUAUUCCUCAACAAUCUCAAGUUAUUUCUCAACAAUCUCAAGUUAUUCCUCAACAAUCUCAAGUUUUUCUCACAUCUCAGUUAUUCCUCAACCAUCACAGGCUAUUUCUCAACAAUCUCAAGUUAUUCCUCAACAAUCACAGGUUAUUUCAACAACCUGAAUCAAUUACACUUUAUGGAUCAGAAAAUCAAGAUACAAGCCUUUUCAAAGGAAUGGAUAUGCCAAAUGUAUGUGUAGAAGAUUCUAUAAGUUUAACGGGGUCCGGUCUUUCGCCAUUUUUAAAAUUGCAUAAGCCUUUAAAAGAUCGUAAUGCUGAUAUAUCUUACAAAGAUUUAAUGAACGAUCUUAAUAUUACUCAAGAGUCAGUUAACAACACUAAUUGUGAUAUAUUGACUAAAAGAACACCCAAAUCUCUAUUAAAAAGUAGAUCUAAAAAUCACAGAAUCAGCUUGUCGACUCCACGUCGUAAAAGCAGUCAUGUUCGAGUUUUGGAUUUCAAUACUCCUACUGAAAAUAUGAAUAGCCGUUAUAGAUAUAAUACAGAUGCUGUAUCAGUACGAUCUUCACAUACUUCAAAGCCAUUGUGUAGAACUAAUUUAUUCAUGUCGCCUCCUGAUCAAGGAAGUGAAAAACCAUCCGAAAUUCCUAAAAAUGUACCAUCAUCGGAAAAAUUAAAACGAACUUCUCCAAAUUCUCAGUUAGAAAAAACAUGUAGUUCUGUGCCAACUUUAGAAGGUGGUUGGGAUAAAAUUUCUGGUGUAGGCUCAAUCAUUGAAAAUAGUUCAUCUCAAUCGGAUAAUACAUCUCCACCAAAGAAAAAACUAGCUACGGAAGGAAACGUUCAACGUUCAGUGCAGAAAACAACUUGGGAUACUGAUCUUCGAUCUCCUCUAAAAGAAGCAGAAACGUUAAAAACGAACAAAAUCAGUCCAGAAGUAUCAAAAAAUGAAACUGAACAAACUAAAAAAAUGGAAAAUACCAAAAUUGAAGAAACAACAGAAAAAAAUGCUUCUAGUUCACAAAAUGAAAAGAAAAUAGGUCCUGAUAAAUCUCAAAUAACACAAGUUAUUGACAAAAACAAUUCAAUUCAACUCAAUAAUGAUUUAAUUCUUCAAAAAUCUCUCGAAUCAAAACAUGAUUUGUCAAAUUCGAAAGAAACUCCACCAGAAAAAACAGUAGUGAAAAAAUAUGCUAAAUUAAAAACAAUCACCACAAAAGUAUCAGGAAGUAGCAAAAAAUAUUUGAGUCUUGACAUUGACUCAAAUUCAAAGUUCAUUGAUAAUCCAGAAUCUUAUCAACAACAUUUAUCUAAUAUGAUAGAUUUAGAAACUCCAAGGAAACCUGAUGCACUUAGAGUCCCACCAACACCUCGUGUCAUGAGUCCUAAUCAUACUAAUGUGUCAACUCUUCCAAUAAUAAACGAAGAAUCUACAAAAGUUCAAAGUUUCAUAUCAACUCCUGAAUUUCCUCCAACACCAAAUAUUACUUUGACUCCUCAAGAAGUAUCAUCAAAUGCAAUUGAUGCGUCGAAGAAAAUUUUUUCAGCACCAUACUAUCAACCUAGCUCUGAAGCAGUAUCACAAAAACACAAACAUCAAGAAGAAAGCAAAGUAAAAAUAAGUGCUCUUAAAGUUAUAAAAGAAUCAAGAGAAACAUUAGAAAUAACACAAUUUGAAGUCAUAAAGGAAAAUUUGCCAAAAGAAAAUGAAAAUAAAGUGGUGAAAAUUUCCACAUCGACUGAAAUUAAUUUAUCAACAAUCAAUGAAGUUUCUAAAGAGGAUGAAAGCAAAACAAUGAACGAUUCUUCUGAUAAUGAUAGUAGUUCAUCAUCUUCCAGUAGUUCGAGCUCAAGUUCUUCUUCUUCAUGUUAUUCUUGCAACAGAUCUAACACUUCAUCCAGAAUAUUCUCAAAUAGUAAAAUUUCAAGUACUCCAAUGAAACUCAGUAAGGCUUUACCCAACAACACUGAAAAUUCAUUGACUGCAGCUCCAGAAUGUUCAAAUACAAAUGAAAAAGUUGAUGAAAUAGCUAAGAAUAAUGAAGAAUUGCUCCAAAUAGAAACUCAUGUGUCACCUGUUAAAACCUUUUCAGUGAAAAAAAUAAAUAACUUAGUGGAUACCUCAAAUAUCGAAACACCAGAGAAAAAUGAGGCUUUAUUGGAAGAACUUAAUAUUUCGGAAACACCUGUUAGUGCUAAAAGUGAACCAGAAGCGACGAAUUUAACAGCCAAAAUAUCUGAAAUGAUAACAGCACAGAAUAAAUGUGAUGAAACUAACACGUUAUCACAAAACAAUACUCAGAAUAAAAGACCAAGUGAAUUAUUAACUUCCAGAGAUCAAAUGCGUUCAGAGUUGAAUGAAAAACGAUUACGAAUGAUGAGUAAAUUAAAUUCUAAACCCAUUACUAAUAUAAUUACAUCAAGACAGUCAAUUUCAAAACAAAAAGACAGUAAUAUUAAUAAGAAAAAUAAAUCUCCAAUUCUUGAAAAAUCAAAUCGAGAACACGAAGAGCAAAAAAGUGGUGACAAAAGCAAAAUAAUAAGUGAUGAUAGUGAUGAGUUAUUUGAAAAGAAAAAGGAAGUUAAACUUCCUAUUUCGCGAAAGUCUGAAAGAAAUACAACAAAAACAAAACGUACGAGACAAUGUAAACCUGCAGAUAAACAAGACGACAAGAAUGUUAAUCAGAAAAAUAAACCUGUUUCACAACCGCAACAAAAAAGCUCUAGUCAACUAUCUUCUAAAAAUAGUAGCGAAAAUAAAGAGAAACAUCUCAACAUUCCUAUAAAAGUGGGCAAUGCAUGUAUCAAAGAAAAUAGUGAAAAAGAAAAAAUUCAAAAGAUUUCUAAUGCGAAGAAUAUUCAAGAAAGUGUGAAAUCUAAAGUAGACAUGGUUAAACGAGAUUUAUUCAGCGAUGAAGAAAAUAAUGAUACGAAUAAUUUAAAAGUUGAAAAAUCGAUUAAACCAUCAGAGAAUAUUGAUGAAGUACAACAGUCAAAUCCCACAAAUGUUUUAGAAUCUUUAGAAUUAGUACCAUCAAACAAAUGCCCAAUAUCAACAGAAAUCAUACCAGAUGCUGAUUUACCUUCUCGUAAUCAUCUUGAAAUAGUCAUUACUCAUGAUGAGCUGAUAAACAAAAAAAGAAGAAGAAAAUUAAAUUCUCAAAAUUUCAAUUUCAAAGUACAAACAAUUAAUAAAGAUAAUCAACCAAAGUGGAUACAAAUUUCUGCGACACCAUUUGAAGAAAUUUUUUCAAUGAUACCAAGUAAUCCAAGAUCUCGAAAGAAAAAUGUUAGCUCUAAACCAACUAUAAGCUCUACUAAACCUGCAAAUAAUUGUGAUAAUGAGAAAAGUGAAAAAGUUAAAAGUACUAAAUCGAUUCCUACUUCAAUUAAUGCACAGCCUUUGGCAUCGUCAUCGCCAAUUUGUAAAGAAUCUCUGUCGAAAAUUGGUUCCAAUAAUGAACCAGUUUCAAAAGAACAAGGAGUUAAGAAUGAAGAAACCAAAAAUGAUGAAAAUAAUAAAAUUAGAGGGAACAGUGUUGCAAAAGAUUCCACAACCACAAAUGAAAAGCUUACAAGUAAAAGUACAAUAACAGUAGAUCCGAAAAUAUUACUUAAACAAGUAGACAUAAAUAAAUUUCUUACGGAGGUACAUGGACCUGAAACCUAAACAUCAUCGAUUAAUAUUAUUCGAAUGUUAUUGAUUAUUUAUUUAAAAUAAGAAAAUAACCUAGUAAAUAAUUGGUGUACAUACUGACAUGAUUUUUAAACAAAUUCCGUAUAUUUUUUUACUCUUAUUUAAUAAAAUAAUAGCAUUGUUAAGAAUAAAUCACUUUAUUCGGAAUGUUAUAAUAUUAAAGGCAAUAAUAGUAUUAAUUUCACUGUCUCAAUUAUCGAUACGAAUUGAUUA